CCCAGAAUGCACGUGUGCGCAUGCGCAGUCCGUUUUACUUGACAGUGGUAAACAGACGUCAGAAGGGAGUCUUCGCCUCGAGUCAAAACAAAACAAACGCAAACAAACUAUUCAAGACACCCAAGGGGAGCAUCUUCUGUCCACCGGGACGACCACAACAACCAGACGAGUCGUCACUGCCUCCAAACGGCAACUUUGAACGAGUUCUAGGCGGCUUUCGGCGGACUUUUCGGCGCGUUCCAAACUCCGGAGUAGCAGCAGCUUAAGCGGCUAACGUGACCGGGGGGCUACCCGGGCUUGUUUUCCCCAAAAGUUGGGAGCCUCACCCCCGGGGGACUCAACGCCACAGCCUAAAGGGAUUGCCUUGUCGGCCACUUGUUGGGAGUCUAGACAUAGACAUCGCGGGGGAGAAGCCCGGCGCGACGUGCUCCGGGGCCUCGGCGGCGGAGUCGGAGGCGUUUUGUAACCGCCUCUCUGGCAUCGUGUGCGGCGCCACGAGUGGACAAACAUGGCAGAUGGCGACAUGUGGCGGAUUGUGCACAUCUAAAAACACUGCACUUUAGAUGGGAUUCUUGUAAUCGCGUACAGUUUGUAAGUACACUCAUCUCCCCCUUUUUCCUUCCACCCAAAAUUAAUGACUACCAUUUUAUAUAUUUUGUUACUCCACGAGUUCAUACAUUGGUGACGUGAUUGUUGUUUAAUUUUGGCUCUGGCUGGACUGUCAGUGUAGUAGUAGUACGAGUCGUUUGCAGUCUUUUUGUCUAUUUUUCUGGAAAGUUUUUAUUUUAAUAAAUAGGACGAACACAUUUUUUUAUGUAAUUUGUAAUACUACUUAAAAUCCUUCAAGGUCAAAUUGAAGUGGCAACACUUCACAUUAUUUACAAGCUCAUCCAUUUAUUGUUUAACUCCCUACUGCUAAAAGUAGUGCUACUAGAUACAAAGUACUUUUCAGUUUUUCCGCAUGUUUCCUUUUUUUAGUAGAUUAUUCAUCGACAAGGGAAAAUUACUAUUGUAAUUUCAAACAAAGGCGCUCCCGUUCCCUCCUUCUAUAUAAAUCAGAAGGUUUAUGAUAGUUAGUAUUAAGGAGAUUAUUUGGGUUCCCUAAUCUCCAAUCUGAGGAUUAACUGGAGCUAUUGGUGUGCCCAGAUUAUUACGUCUUUUUUUUUUUUUUUAGGCCCCCAGUGUUUACUCCCAGUGUAUUGUUAUUGUUGUUGUCCUUCCUGGGAUAAAAACAUUUGGAGGCUUGAAAGUAGUUCCGGUGUUUUGGAGUGGAGCGGAAGUAGCCAAGUGGUGGAGGUGAACGAGAGGAUCACCAUGGAGGAGUUGCCGGCGCCGCCCAUUGACCCGGAUUUUGAGCCGCAGAGCCGGCCCCGCUCGUGCACGUGGCCGCUGCCCCGGCCAGACAUCUCGGCCGUAAAGCAGGAAGCCCCCGAUGGCACCGAGUCCGCUGCCGGCACGCCGCCCGCCGAUGAUGACAAGCCAGAUCCACGGCACACGGUGGCGCCGUCCGAACCGGAGAAGGCGGCGGGGGCCACCGCCAUGGCUGCAGCGGCGGCGACUGACCCCAACGUGAGUGGCGUGACGCCCCGCAAGGGUUCGUCCAGGCGCAACGCGUGGGGCAACCAGAGCUACGCCGACCUGAUCAGCCAAGCCAUCGAGAACUCGCCCGACAAAAGGCUGACGCUGGCGCAGAUCUACGAAUGGAUGGUCAAGACGGUGCCUUACUUUCGAGACAAGGGCGACAGCAACAGCUCGGCCGGGUGGAAGAAUUCCAUCCGCCACAAUUUGUCGCUGCACAACAAGUUCCUGAGGGUCCACAACGAAUCGACGGGCAAGAGCUCCUGGUGGAUGCUCAACCCAGAAGGGGGCAAAACUGGCAAAGCCCCCCGCCGCCGCGCCGCUUCCAUGGACAACAGCAGCAAGCUGCUGAAGAGCCGCAUGCGUGCCAAGCAGACCAAGAAGCAGGUUCUGGCAGGGGCCGGCGCCGGCGGAGCGCUGCAGGGCGACGGCGCGUCAGCGACUGCAGGGGCCGGUGCCGAUAGCCCUAACUCAUCCCAGCAGUUCUCCAAGUGGGGCGUGAGCAGCAGCAGCCCGUCGUCACGCGGCAGCCUGGACGACGCUGACAUGUGGACCUCCUUCCGUCCGCGCACCAGCUCCAACGCCAGCACCCUGAGCGGGCGGCUGUCACCCAUCGCGCCGGGCCAGGAGGAAGACGACAAUCUUCCCGAGGAUGGGCUCUUGGGCCGCUACGCUUCUAGCGCAUUGACGCCCACCCUGGCCGAGACCCUGAUGGAGGAGCUGGACCUGAUUGACGGGCUGACCCUCAUGAGUGGCCAGCAGGGUGGCGCCAGUCCCAGCACGGCCCCGGCAGCACCACCAACUCCGCUGCCGUCGGCAGCCACCCUGCUGCCUCGCAGCUCCUCCUCCUUCCCCUCCUUUCAUCACCUGCAGGCGCCGCAGACAUCCCCCCAGGCGGCGGUGGGACCCGCCGGGAAGGACGCCACCCCUAGCUUUGGAAACUCCCUCUUCAACUCCUCUCACGGCACCACCCACUAUGGUACCCACGUGCCCUCCAGCCUGGAGGCGUUGCUCACCUCCGACUCCCCUCCUCCAACCGACGUCCUCAUGGCACAGGUGGACACCCUGGUGCCUGCCUCGACGGGCCUCAUGAGCUUGGGCUCCCCGGUGGUGGGCAUCAGACCCAAACCCACCCAGCUGCUGCUGGGGAAAGGCCUGGAAGCCAGCGCAGUCGGGCCUCAAAGCCUGCAGGCGCCCAUGCAGCAGCACCACCUGCACCACCAGCAUCAGCACCACCAGCAGCAGCACCACGCUCCCCUCAGCCUGGGCAUGAUUCUCUCCGGUAUGUCCCAGGACCCGCUGCAGAUGCCCAGCCUGAAGGUGCAGCAUGCCACCACGCAGCACACCGUCCUCCCGGGUGUGGGCCCAUUUGGGGCGCCGCCUUGCUUCCAGGCGGCACCAGAGCGGCUGCCCACCGACCUGGACGUGGACAUGUUCACAGAGAAUCUGGACUGUGAUGUGGAUUACAUCAUCAACAGCGACCUCAUGGAUGGAGACGGUAUCGACUUCAACUUCGACCCAGUCCUGCCCCCUGGGCAGGGCUAUGCGGGGCCUGCCACCACUCAGGGCUCUGCCCACCAUUGGGUGCCCAGCUAAAGGCUUGCCAAGAGUAGAGAAGCCACCUUUCCACCCUCCUGACGUGGCCAACCCCAAAAAGGACAAAAUGUCCCGCCACAUAGUCACGCGGACCGGCCUCUUGUCUCGUCACGUGCCAACGCAACCACCGACUAUGCAUACAAUUUAUAGCUGCGCCUCCCCAUCUUCCUCCAUUUUGGCGUUUUUCAUAACCUGGCUGCGGCCAUUUUCAAGACUUCCUCAAUUCUGCCUGCGAGUUGUCAAGAUGUUUCGCGCAAGCAUCUUACAGGCAAACACGGUACCCCGAAGCUUCAGUACCUCAUUGGCUUCCAUAUGGUGACCUUGAGUGUGCGUGUUGUGGUGAAGAAUUGGCCAGUUUUCCCUGGAAGCACCUGCAGAUCGGUACAAAACGAGGACGCCGAUGACCAUUGCUAAAACAAGACGAUACAUAACUUUUUUUUUUGCUGAUUCAACACUAAUUGCUCUUUGGGCAAUGUCGUUUUUUUUUUCUUUGUUUUUGUUUUAACUCCAUGCGGUGUGUAAAGUAGUUGAGUAGGGUACACACAUAGCGAUAAUCAUGACGCAUUUCCUUUACAAUCAAAGUCUGCAAAGUCCCGACUAACAGACAUCUCAAAAGCGGCUGACUUUUGAUGUGGAAAGAAUUCAUGUUAAAACAGCACGGGGUGUGUUAAGACUUCUUAACUGCUUGGAAAACCAUCAGGAUUGGCGAUUAGAAUAAAGCUGGACGAGAGUCAAUAGCUGGGUGGACCCAUACGAUAAUUGUUUUUCUUCUCUGAUCUAAUUAGACAAUCAUAAAUGUUAAACGUAUUCAAUAUUUACAAUGGCAAAUCUUUUCGUUUGGGCCUCAUGGAUUUCUUUAUCGACUUGGCCGCUGUUUCCCGCAGGUCACACUUGGUACUGCGGUAGACAUUUGCUCUGAAGGGAGGAGACUGGCAAUUGUUGGAAGAAUCUUUUUUUCCCCUGGCCGAAUGGGGGCUCGAUGAUAAAAGAAAAUGUGUAUGUGUGUACCCCGCUUUAGACAUGAUUUAUAUUAGGGGUGAAAAAAGAGGAAAGAAUGCAAUGUGCAGUUGAACUAAUAAAAUGAAGUUAUUUGUUUUGAAUUUUUUAGGGCAUUUGAUGUUAAAUUGCCAUUGGAUUUGGCUUCUUAUCGAAUGUUGCUACCUAAUUUUUGAUUUUGUUGUAAAUUCAGUUUUUUGAUUAGCACUUAUGUACAACCAGUACCAUACAUCCCAACUAUUGUUUUCGGUUUGAAACAUUUCGACACGCGAUGCACACGUUGCACAUAAACAAUGACACACUAUGCAGAUUUAUCAAAAGAAUUUGAAGGAAAUUUUAAGCAGCAGCAACAACAACAAAAACACGAAGGGUUUUGCUAUUUUGUCAUGUACCCUCACUAACUUGAAAUAUAAAUAUAUAUAUAUAUUUGGUUAUAGCUUUAAUAUACAACAUAGAUGGAGAAUAAUAAAAAGAUGCUACUUGUAUUUUUUUUUACAUUGGAGGAUGCAUUUUUCAGAUUUGUAACAGCGAUUUUUAUACACUUAUUUUUGUAAAAAUGUAUGUGCAUGUAGAUUUUUUGUGUAUAACUUCCAAAAGAAUACUAAUAUUUGCAUUUGCAUGGCAUUUAGGGGGCACACUCAACCUGACCGUAUCUCACUGUACAGAUGCUUUUUUUUUUCCUUUUUAGAUAUUUUUCUUGCUUUUAAACAUUAGUCAUCUCAAAAUGAAACCAUAAAAACAAAAAGACUCAUACAACCAUUACCUCUCAGGGUCGCUCGGAAGAAAACAUGCACAAUCAUGUGACAAAAGCAAGAAAAACACAUAUUUAUUUUUCUGUUGCGACUGGAAACUUGCUUUUUAAGACCUCUGCAUCUUUAAAAAAAAACAAAAACAAAAAAACAAAUCUGCUAUGCAUUUCACUUUUUUUUUCGGGUUGGAUUUUUUACUUCCUGCCAAGAUGAAACACUAGCAUGAUAUUUCUAGAACGUGUAUGCAAAUUGUUCUCAUUUUUUGUGUAUUUAAUUUUCUGGUCAUGUACAGUUUGUCAUUUCACACAUUCAAAACCAAUUUGUUUAAAAAAAAAAAAAACAGUAAGUUGAAAAAAAAAAUGCACUCGAUUUACUUUGAAGUGGUGCUACGAGUAAGUUUGGAUGCAUACUAUCAGGGCCUUGUUGAAAGUUACCUUCAAGAAUUAACAAUAAUGUUUUUAUUCAUUUCAUCUUAUUUUAUUUUUAGUAUCUCACUCUUUAUUUACAUGUUAGUCCCCAAACUUCUCACUUAACUAGAUGGAGUCUGACAUCCCAAUCAUUUAAUUAAUUGAUUUAUGGAAUGUUAAAUAUGAAACUGGACGUGUGCGUAUGUUUGUGUGUGAGACAAAUCGCAGCAUUCAUUCCAUAUUCUUCACGUUUACGAAUAAGCUCUUUGCUCUUUAGACAAUUCAGCGCACUAGUUGCAACUUUUGCAGCUAAUGACCAAGUUUAGCCUGACUAGAACUAGUAUUUGUCCGACAAGUUGUCUUAUUAGUGAGAACAAAUUAUUACCCUACAUUAGACAUCAAGGAUAUGGAGUAAAUGCUCCAAAAAAAAGCAGAGCAAUUAUUGGAUAACCUUGAUAAAGAGGUUACUAGUGCUUGACACAUCUUCAUGCAGCACGUGUUAAGGAUUGAUUUGACCAAAGUGGGAAAAAACACGAGAAGUAAGACAAUCAGUACCACCACACCAGUGUGCUGAAUUAGCACUAGUAGGGACAAAGAGUGCUGAAUGUGGAAUGAAUGCUCCCAGGGCUUUCCAGAAGUGUUCUGGUGUACUUUGCUUUGGCUUGGCCUCCAUGCGAGGUCACUCCACUUGUACUUGAUCUCCAUUUGAUAUUUUUGUCCCCUUAAGAUACUAGUCCCCUUUGAUGAGUUUCUUUUUAAUGAUCUGGAUAAAUUGCUCCCCCGUCAACACAGUAUUUUAGAACUAAGCUUAACGAGGUGAGAGCAGAAAGCAGUUAUGUUUAUGAUGAGUUUAUUGAUUGAUGGGUUGAUUUUGAUAUGUUUGCCCUCCUUUGUCCUCUUAGAGACGCGACAAAUAGAAACUUGACGAGUCAAUAAACUGCUUUAACCCA